CAACCACAAAUUCUGAUCAGCAUAUUUCUUGCCAAGAAGAAGGCCAUGGCUGGUAAGCAAGAUGUGGAGAGAGGCGAAAACUGCGAUGGAGUAGAGAUUAGAGCUCCACUUAUUGCAGCACCAAAGGAGGAGAAGCACUCCAAAAAGGAUGAUAGAUGCAUGGUGUAUCUCAGCACAUUUGUUGCAGUUUGUGGCUCUUACGCCUUCGGAUCUUGCGCAGGGUAUUCAUCUCCUACUCAGUUUGCUAUCAGAGAAGAUGUCAACUUAUCCUUAGCUGAGUACUCAUUGUUUGGCUCCAUACUGACUUUUGGAGCGAUGAUUGGGGCAAUCACAAGUGGCAAAAUCGCAGAUUACAUAGGCCGUAAAGGGGCAAUGAUAGUAUCAAGUGGAUUCUGUACAGCAGGGUGGCUUUCGAUCUACUUUGCUGAGAGUGCCCUGCUUCUUGACAUUGGGAGACUGGCAACUGGAUAUGGGAUGGGAGUCUUUUCAUAUGUGGUUCCGGUGUUCAUAGCUGAGAUCUCCCCAAAGGAUUUAAGAGGAGCUUUGACAACCAUAAAUCAGCUUAUGGUUUGUACCGGAGUAUCUGUAUCCUUCAUCAUAGGCACAUUGCUGGCAUGGAGGACUCUAGCAUUAGUAGGCAUAGUUCCUUGUGCUGUUCUGCUUGUAGGUCUCAGCAUCAUCCCAGAGUCUCCGAGAUGGCUGGCAAAGCAAGGAAAGCAGAAGGAGUUUGAGUCGUCACUGCAUAGGCUUAGGGGAAAGGAUGCUGAUGUAUCAGCAGAGGCAGCAGAAAUCCAAGACUAUAUAGAGACAUUGGAGAGGCUUCCAAAAGCCAAACUGCUAGAUUUGUUUCAAAAGCGAUAUUUGAGAUCAGUCACGAUAGGAGUAGGACUAAUGGUGUGCCAACAGUUUGGAGGAAUCAAUGGAGUCUGUUUCUACACAAGCAGUAUCUUCGAGUCUGCAGGAUUCCCAGCUGACCUUGGAACUAUAAUCUACGCGAUUCUUCAGGUGAUAAUCACAGCACUAGGCGCUGCUUUCAUCGAUAGAGCAGGAAGAAAACCUCUUCUAGUGAUUUCGGGAUCAGGACUGGUCCUAGGCUGUCUGCUGACAGGGAGCUCAUUCUUUGUCAAGGAGUAUGGAAUAGCACCCGGUGCAGCUCCAGCGCUAGCUGUGAGUGGCAUAUUGGUUUACAUAGGAGCAUUCUCAGCUGGAAUGGGAGCAGUUCCAUGGGUGGUGAUGUCUGAGAUAUUCCCUAUAAACAUCAAAGGAGUUGCAGGAAGCCUUGCCACACUGGUGAACUGGUUUGGUGCUUGGGCUUGUUCUUACACUUUCAACUUCCUCAUGAGCUGGAGCUCCUAUGGAACAUUCAUUCUUUAUGGAAGUGUGAAUGCACUUGCAAUUGUGUUUGUGAUAAAGGUGGUGCCUGAGACCAAGGGGAGAACUCUUGAGCAGAUACAAGCAGCAAUCAACUCAUCAUAGAACUUUACAUCUCAAUAUUGCUGCUCUCACAACCCAACGAUUAUUCAAUAAAACUGCAAACUCUCUGCUGUAACACACAAUUCCUUCUUCUUGGUUGAAACGUGAUCAUUUAUUGUACUUUCAAAGAAAAUCAAGUUUUGUUUUUGUUUUCA